AUGAAACAAUAGCUAAAUUACACGCUUUGGAUAACUUUCCUGGUUUCAACUGUUUUGAUCUACUUAUUUUUCAGUUCAGGGGAAUUUAGUUUCAUAUUAACACUGGCUUGUGGAAUUCAAUGCUUUGGAUUUGGAUUAGUAUUUGUGACAAUUUCAAUUACUAAAGAGACAAGUGGAUUAAGUAAAUAGACCUUUAUUUGUUGUGCUUAAGCAUUGUUGGCACGUUUAUUCUCAAUUCUGACUUUCGAAGGUUAUUUGCCUUCAGAUGCAACAGGGGAUUAUGUGUAUAGAUUAUUCGAAAUUUUGUCGCUCAUCUUUUGCAUAUUGACAGCAUUCAGCAUAAAAAAUAACAAAUAAGAAUUGUUCCAAUGGUAUUACUUCACUCCAGUGAUGUUGGUGACUGCUUAUUAUGUGCAUCCAGGAUUGAAUUCACAUUCAUUUUGCGAUAUCUCUUGGGUGUUUGCUUUGUAUAUGGAAUCAUUCGCAAUAUUGCCAUAGAUACACCUUUUCACGAAGAGAGAGGGAAUAAUUGAAUAUCACACAUCUAAUUUUGUAAUCACUCAAGCUCUCAACAAAGUAAUCUGCGUGAUCUUUUGGUUUUAUUCUUAUGAGGAACUCAAUCGAAGUUCAGAUGAGUCAACCAUAAGUGUGGCUCCUUAGUUGAGUGGCUAUUUUGUGAUGGUGGCUCAAUUGAUUUCAAUUAUCAUAACAGCAGAUUUUGUGUAUAAAUAUUUGCAGAGUUGGAAAUAGGGUAUUCCAUUGGUUAUGUUGCCUUCAUGA